AUGGGUGAAAGUAACGAAGCGAACAAUCAGGAGGUUAUUGGAAAAAGAUCAUCAUUCAGCGAGAAAUGUGUGGCGGAGUCUGAUAUUGAAGCUCGUGGGGAUAAUUCUUCCAGCGAAGAUGAAACUCUAAUCGAUAUGGUGGAGGUUGAAAAUGACGAUCCAGCUCUUUCAAAGAAAAUACAUCUUAUUAAUAAUGCAAUUGAUGAAAUUGGAUUCACAUGGUGGCACGUGAAACUCUUUUGCAUUGCUGGUUUUGGAUAUUCAGCUGAUUCGCAGAUGUCCAUGAUUCAAUCUUCCGUUCACAAAUACGUUGAUUUACAAAUGAAAGGAGGCGGCUAUCCGGUUGCAACACAAAUCGGAUAUGCCGCAAUGAUCAGUGGUGUUCUGAUUUUCGGAUUUGGUGCCGACUUGAUUGGAAGGAAACUGUGUUUCAACACCUCACUUCUAAUGACUGCUAUAUUCGGAUUUUUCACUGGUGGAACAAGUAGUUAUGCGAUGUAUGUUAUCUUUUACUUUUUGUCAUUGUUAGGUGCGAUGGGAAAUCUUGGAACGGAUGUUUCCGUUUUCUUGGAGUAUUUACCAAGCAAAUACCAAUACUUGAACACAUCAAUGGCUCUUUGGUGGGGAAUUGGUCAGACAAUAGUCUCAUUACUUUCAUGGGCAUUCAUGCCAAAUUAUUCCUGCAAAGAUGAAGACAAUUGUAUGUCCGCUGUCAAUCGUGGAUGGAGGUAUUCAUGGUAUGUGAAUUCUGCAAUUGUCUUAGUUGGAGCACUUCUUCGUUUGUUCGUUCUUAAACUUCAGGAAACUCCUAAGUUUUUGGUGUCUAAUGGAAGGGACGAGGAGGCAUAUAAUGUACUUAUGAGCUAUGCUAGAAAGUACAACAGAAAGUGCACCCUCACAUUGGAGGACUUGCAAAAGUGCGGUGAAAUACGCCAGGACUAUUACAGCACCAAGAAAGAUGGAUAUUCAUUAAAAAAGCUUUUGACAACCACUAAGAUUAAUAUCAAAUUACUUUUCAAAUCAAAAAAGGUCACAAAAUCAACCAUUCUUUUACUGCUUUCUUGGACCUUAAUUGGAAUUUCUUAUUCAACAUUUUACAAUUUCCUAUACAUUUACAUUUCUGAGCACGGGUCAUCAAGUGAGCUGAACUCUACUUACAUUACCUACAGAAAUGGAACAAUUGAAAAUGCCGUUGGAAUAUUUGGCCCUAUAUUGGCGGGAAGGAUGAUUAGAAUUAGGCAUGUUGGAAGAAAGGGAACAAUGAUAUUUGGCGCAAUCGCCUCAAUGGCUGUGCUAUUUGGAUAUACAACAUGUCGAACAGCGGCAGCAGAUGCUGGAUUUGGUUCCGCUACAUACUUUUUCAUUAACAUCUACUAUUCGUGCUUAUAUGCUUACACACCAGAAGUCUUCCCAACAAAAUGUCGUACAACCGGAGUGGCUUUGUGUAUGAUUUGUGUCAGAGUGGCAGGAGCAUUUUCUCCAGUUAUAUACUGGUUUGGAUCUGAGUCUGGUUCAUCCGUUCCAAUUUGGGUUUGUGGUGCAUUAAUUGGAGCAUUGGCAAUUGUGAGCGCCAUUAUGCCAUUCGAGCCAUCAAAGCAGAGAUGCGUUUGA